UGCGCACACGCGCAGCAUCCCAUUGGCUGCGGGGAUUCUUCCAAGUCUGCUCUCUCUCCGGCUGCGCCCGACCCGAAGUGUUCACUUCGUCUCUGUCCGACCGCGCGGGAAGAGCUCGUCAUGCUGAGGACCGGCUCGCACAGAAGCAUUUACCAGGGAGAGGAGGCGAGGCUGCGCAGCGGGAGUCUGACUGUGGCUCGGGAGAGGAAACACCUCGCUCUGUGCAUUAACAACCAGGAAGAGGUGAAGAGGUAUCAUCGCUACUGCAACCAUAGUGGAGGGCCAGCGCUUCCCAAGGCGGAGAGAAGCCGUCCUUGUAGGAGCGAGGAGGGGGAUCAUCAUAGCCCACAUCGCCGGGAACAACAACAGCGCCGGGAGAGCAAGGCUAUUGUGAUCCAGCGUGCCUGGCGUGCAAGAAUGUCCCGCAGAGGGAGCUGGCAGGGGCAAGACGAGAGCCUGACGAGCCAUCAUCAGGGUGAGACGGUGCCUUCGGAGAGCCAGCAGCAGGACCCUGGGAUGACCACCGAUAUUUCUCCGGAGCAGCUGAAGAGCCUCCAGAGUGACUUCAAGCAUGUUAAUGAUGGAGGAUUCCAGCUGCAGAGUAAUCACCUGACCAUGGACCUAGAUAACAACAUCAAUAUCAACAUGCCGCCCAUUGAGAACAAGGUGUUCAUCAUUCAGCGUGCCUGGCGUGACUUCCUCCAGAGACAGGAAGCAGAGAAGCGGAGCCCCUCCCCACCCUCCCUCUCCUCCUCUGACAAGAUGAGCAUGUCAAUCAGCAUGACGACCCUGUCAGAUGGCAGCACCCCAGAUUACCGGGAGGAUGGCAUGGACCUGGGGAGCGAUGUGUCCAGUCGCUCCAGCUCAGAGUCCAACUCCAACAAGGUUACACCUUGCUCCCCUUCUCUUGACCUGGCCACUUUGGAUGACUACAAAUCCUCCCCCUCUCUGGACCUGGUCACCUUAGAGGACUAUGAGGAGGACGAGGACUACCAAGAGUAUAAGAAGAAGGUGAUAGAGGAGUGGGAGAGUGAGUAUGGAGAGGACUGUGCCUCUCCUCAGCCUCCUGGUCUGGAGGAAAGUGGAGGAGGCAUUGUGGAGGUUGACGGCCUUGGCAAAGGCUACAGGAAGACAGUGAACAGUCGCAGCCUCGCCGAAGAAUUCCAGGAUGUGAAGACCGUCCCGCCCCUGCCGGCCCCUGCCGGACACACCGCCACCUCAAUCGCAGCCGUCCCAGAGGAACUGAAACAGAAUGGCAAUCUGAUUUUGCCCAGGAGCAACCAACUCCACUCCCCUGGUACGCCACAAGGGAUACGCCAAGGGACUCCCAAGCGCAGCCACCGCAGCUCCAGUCAAGGCAGAGGGAGCCGCAGCAGUGGCGGGGGUGGCGGUGGAGGAGGCGAAGGGGGGACUGGGGCACGGAUGGGAGGAUACAGAGAGGAGGAAGCUGCAGAGGAAGAGCCUCUCCCCACCAUGGACUGGGCAGCCCUGGAGAAACACCUGGCUGGGCUGCAGUGCAGAGAGCAGGAGAAUCAGAACCUCAACCACAACCAGAACCACAACAUGGGCAGGACGAACUACACCUCGGCCCAAAAGAAUGAGAGGGAGUCGAUCAGGCAGAAGUUGGCCCUGGGCAGCUUCUUCGAUGAUGGGCCGGGCAUCUACACCAGCUGCAGCAAGAGUGGAAAACCCAGCCUGUCCUCAAGGCUGCAGAGCGGGAUGAACCUGCAGAUUUGUUUUGUCAAUGACAGCGGCAGCGAUAAGGACAGUGAUGCAGAUGACAGCAAGACCGAGACCAGCCUGGACACACCUCUGUCCCCCAUGUCCAAGCAGAGUUCGUCUUACUCGGACAGGGACACCACAGAGGACGACUCGGAGUCUCUUGAGGACAUGGACUUCCUGAGUCGACAGAAGAAGCUGCAGGCAGAGGCGAAGCUGGCCCUGGCGAUGGCCAAGCCCAUGGCCAAGAUGCAGGUGGAAGUGGAGAAACAGAAUCGUAAAAAGUCGCCAGUGGCCGACCUGCUUCCACACAUGCCUCAUAUCAGUGAGUGUCUAAUGAAAAGAAGCCUGAAGCCCACCGACUUGAGAGACAUGACACUGGGUCAGCUCCAGGUUAUAGUCAAUGACCUGCACUCCCAGAUUGAGAGUCUGAAUGAGGAACUUGUACAGUUGCUGCUGAUCCGAGAUGAGCUACACAUGGAGCAGGAUGCCAUGCUGGUUGACAUCGAGGACCUCACCAGGCAUGCUGAGAGCCAGCAGAAACAUUUGGCUGAGAGAACCCUAUCCAAAUAAAAUGCUCGUCCCCGCUCUACCCUGCUCCCCUCUUCCAAGAUUAGCCCCGGAUCCAAACCAGACUUUUCCCCUCCGGCCAUUCAACCUCUGUCCCGAGUCGAAUCCGAAUCAUGCCCGCUUGUCCCCAGUAUUUUGCCCCUCCCCGCUUCCCUGUCUCCCCCUUGUCCCCCUCCCUGUCCAGUCCACUGGCUCCAGCGGCAGCAGCAGCACAGAGGUAGACCACUCUCUUUCAUUUGCUUCUGUGGUUUUCCCGCAGCGCUAAGGACGGAGGAGCACUUCCUGCUUUGUGGGAGAAGACGAUUGUUUGUUGUCAUGGAUUCUGUCCCCCAGCUUCCUGUGCAGUGAUCGGCCUUGCUUUGCUCUUGUUUCUUUCUAACUUUCUACAUUUGCCACUAAAUUAUAACUGUUCAAAUGCAAAAAUUGUGGGGGGGAAAAAAUGAAAUAAUAGUGAAAACUUUAGUAGAAAGUCAUUCAUUAGAAAAGGAAACAGCAUUGUAAAAAAAAAAAAACGACGGAAAACUAACUUCUUCAGACCAUUUUAAGUUGGACAGUAAUUUUAAAGUAUUUCAAAGUCGACCUGUUUUUAUUCUGCACAAAUGGUAGUUUUCAACUGAGAAAUGUUUAUUUGAAGGUGCUAAAAGAGUGUUAAGGAAACAUGCCUGCCUUGUAGUGGAGUCGUAGCUUUUGGUAAUACAUUCACUCUAAUUGCUCUUCAACAUUUUGUGAAUGUUGAUUUUCUGACACGAGUCAUUUUAAAUGAAUAAGUGUGUUAAUAUCGUUUUCAUCCUGUUGUAUUCAGAAACUUUAUUUGAGGAAAAAGAUAUGUUAUUGUACAGAUAUGUAAAAUAAAGAAUAAACUUUGUUUCAUAUA